CUUUCGGUGAGCGGUAACCGGGCUCCUCCCCCUGCGCGGAGCGGGGCCGGCGGCAGCGCCGAUGGAGCCGGCGCUGGGCCCGGAGUUCGAGGAUUCCCUGUUCGCGCCGAGCCGGGAGCGGCGGGAGGGCGGCGGGGACGGGGCUCCGUGCGGCGCCCGGCACUGCGAGCCCCGCUGGUUCCACAGCGCGGCUGAUGCCGGGGAAGGCUCCGGCGGGAUCACGAGCAGCAAGUUCCGGGCGGACUGGGCGUUCCGGCAGCGGGAUUUCGAGAAAGCCCUGUGUGAAUACUCAGACUGCCUGCUACUCUUACCUGCCAGCAACAUUGCAAUGAGGCGUGAUGUCCAGGAGGGCCAGGCUCGGUGUUUAUCUCGCCUGGGAAGGCACAAGGAGGCUCUGGAUAUUGCAGAAAAAAUGAGAAACAGCGCCACUAACACAGAUCACUUAACGACGGUUCUCAACCUGCAGUUUUCCAUUUACCAGGGGCUGGAAAAUGUAGAAAAAAAGAUGAUGUGUCUGCAGCAACUGAUCUGCUUACAUCCUUUCAAUCCCUGGUUCUGGAAGUUACUUGCUGAAGCUUAUAUGAGCCUUCUACAGAAUUUGUCUCCAGUGGUCAUUCCAGAAGCAAAUCUAAAUCAGUCUGAAGAGGUUUGUGUAAAUGAUAGCAGUUUCAAAACAUCGACUGGCAGAGAGAUUAAUCUGCAGCCUCACAGAUCAGAGGACCAGAAGGAAGGCCCUUGGUUCAGCCUCGCUGCAGAAACAAAGGGGGAGAAUGCAAUGACCUGUCCCAGCAGCCAGGUAGUGAAAGAAUUCCUCUGCACUUCAGGAGAACUGGAAUGGACAGACAAAGAGAAAUGUGCAGACUCCAAGGCCUGGAAGCAGAAAAUGUUAAAGAAAGUUGGGAUAAAAGCAUGUGCCUCGUUUAUUAGAGCAAGGCUUUUACUUCAGCUUACCCAGUCACAACAGUUGUCCUUUGUGCUAGAGAAUAACAGAAAAUGCCAGAAAGAAAUUGAUGACAAAGUGGCUCUACUUGGUUUCGAUGAAAACUCCUUGCUGUUGAUGACCAAAGCUAUGGGGCAGGAUCUUCUACCAGAAAAACUAAAAGAGGAGUUUCAGGGUGAGGUAAAAUGCAUAGGCCCUUCAGCACUGUCAUCACUGGUAACUGCUUCAGUCAUGGAAUUUGAAAUCAAAUGGUUUGGUAAUCUCCAAGAUGAUUUGUGUCACUUUGAUGGACAAUUUUAUUCAGACAUUUAUCUCCCACCUUCAGUAACAUAGACAUUUUGUUGUAUUUAUUCUUGUAUCUCCAAAUGAUUACAGCAUGAUACAUGCA